AUGGGAUGUACCCAAGCAAAUGCAGUGCCGCCGGCUGUGUCCAAGAUCUGCCCGCCCUUCUCCAAGCUUCAGAGUGACAAGACGGCGGAGUCCAAAGGUGAAGGUGGGCUCAGCACAUCCUUUGUACAUCUAGUCUCCGUGGCCGCCUCGCCAUGUCGUCCUUGGCAAAGCACCCUUGGAUCGAUCCGCACGAUCAUGGAGGAGAGCGAGAAAACGAGGGAGCAGACAGGAGCCAUCUGGCGACAGUCCAGCUCUCCUCUGGAGUGUCAAGAAGAUUGCCUCGCUUGGAAGGAUGCCUAUGCAGAGCUCCAGCACAGGCCCGUAGAAGAGGUGCUGCAUCGGCUUUCGGACAUCCAGGCGCGGCCGUGGCAAGGGCUUUGGCGCAGUUGGGCCGCUCAGCUUCGGAGUCUCCCCGCCCAGGAAGAACGGAGGCCUGAAGUCAAGGAGGACUGGAAGGCUGUGGAGAUUUUGGAGAAGAUGGUGUCGAACGACCUGACACUGAAUCAAGUGCUGGUCACCUCGGGACUGUCUGCCGAGGGCCAGACGAUACUGGCUGCAGGAGUUCAUGCUUUGCAGGAGCUGCUGGCCUUGCAGGAAGAGCUUUCCUGGAUGACACGCGCAGUCGCUGCGGCACUGGCAGUGGAACCGCUGCGGCCGCGUCUGGCUGCUGCUUUGCAGAGGUACCGUGAGCAGGAGGCGGAGGAAGCGCAUCCGGCUCUGGCAGCUGCGGAGACCAGCAUGGUCCAGCGUGCGAUCGCAGGCUUUGAGUUUCAGGGCGUCCUGUUCCGAAUGGUCGUUGACGAAGAGGACUGGAAAACGGUUUGUGCCGAGGUGCGGAAGGCCCGUGCAAGUGUGGGGUGGUCAGAAGCUGCACGGUUGCUGGUCACCGUGGAGGGGAUGGGAUUGCGGCUGCUGGCAUCGCCCACCCUCCCAUGGCACGACCGUGGUGAGAAAGAGUCGGCUCAGACCAUGGGGAUCGCUCUCAGCGACUGCUGCAGGUGGCUGCAGGAGCAGUCGCACCAGCUGCGCAUCGCCGCACCUUCAGGCGUCGACUUGCAGCGAUGGUGCGCUUCCCUCUCGAAUCCGAGGAGGCUGCUAUCUCUGGAGGUUCCACUCGCCGCUGCCCUCCGAGUCAGCCGUGGCCUGCCUGCCAAGGUCUCUGUCGAAUGCCUCGCUUUGGUCUUCGGAGCGCCUCCAGGAGAUCUUACUGGCAUCCGCUGCAGUAAGCCUGAGGUUCGGGUCGCUAGCUCCCCUGCGCUGCUCGUGGAUGAGGUAGCCUCUGCACUCAGCUGCUGCAGCAGCGACCUUCAGCGGUUUGAUGCGCCGGGGCUUUUCGGCUGCGCCUGCGAGGUCUGGUACCUUCCAGAAGCCGGAAGAGGGAAGGCGACCGCGGAAUCGUCAAGUUCGGAAUCGCCAUGGGAGUGGCAGAGCAACUGCUUCGGUGUGCUCUUCACCGGCUUGGCCACGCGACCGCCCUUCUUGCACAGAGGAGUGGCAAAGGACGAGGCGGCUGACCCUGUGGAUGAGAGUCUUCCCGAUCGCAUUCUGGCAGCUGCCCAGCUUCUGGCCGCAAACCCGGGGCGAGCGCAGCAUCCGCGGUAUCUUCGCUGCCUUCUCCGAUCCCGGCGAAUCCCGGCGAGGUUGUCCUGCGGCCUCGCAGAGCCGCGGCUCGUUGGCCACAGCAGCCUCCCCAGCGGCGAGGCCCGGCUCGAGGAGGCUGUGGCCGUGGACAUCAUGGCGAGAGCAGCCAAACACGCCGUCAGGCACAUCCUGACCAGGCGUCAACUGCAAGAAUCCAGUCACUACUUCAGGGGCAAGUGGAAGCGCACAGCCCCAGAGGAGCCGGAUGGCUUCCAGCUACAGCGCUUCUGGGCCAUGGACAAUGCUGCGAGCCUUGAGUCUUUGAACGGGGAGGUCAUCGCACAAGAGGCCCAGCUCUUAGCCACCGCACCAGCGCCAGCCGCGCCUGCGGAGGCCGACCUCGCCACCGCGAUCGCGCCGGAGGCUCCCAUCCCUCCAAUCCCGCCCUUGGUGCCGCAGGAGCCAGCAGAGGAGAAAGGCAAGGAGAAGCGCACCUUCCGCCUCCGAAACCCGGAGCUCGAGGAUGAGGUGCAGCUGAUGAUCUGCGCCCUGCAGCUUCAUCCUGAAGCUUCGAUAGCCCAGGGCUCGGCUGGGCUCGGCCAUCAAAGUUCUACCGAGCGCCUGGCAGCUUUAAGACUGGGCCUUCUGCAUGUGGUUUCCUGGGUCCGGCUGGCGGCAGCGGCGCAUGAACUCCGCGUCUGGCAUGCCGAGAGGGGCAGAGACUCGAAAGAUCCUUCCUGGACCUCUUCCUUGUCCACGACGUAUACGCAGACAGACAAGCAAGAGUUGGAUGGGCCUUCGCUGGCCACCCUCCUGAACAACUUGGGUCAGCGCUUGUUCAAUGUCUCGAGGCAAUCUGUGACUGCUCUGGUGAGGUCCGUAGCGAGCCAGUUGCACAUAUCGCUGCCAAAGGAAUUCCUGUUGAGACUUCGGGCGCACAACAGUGGAUUGAGCGCACUUCCGAUGCGAGUCCCAUCUGGAGAAAAUGCCGGCGCCAGGUUUCCGCGCUGCAGCCCUAAGCAGUUAACGCACACGAGGACGUCGUUAGACCUGAAGGAUUCUCUUGGGGAAGUUCUGGAUCCAAGUCUGCAGCAGUUCGGGGCGGGUGGCAGCAGCGCUUCUGCCAAACUUGCAGCAGAUCUCGUGAACAAAGACCUAUCACUGUCUGGACGCUGGCACCGGGGACUCUUCCACCGUGGCGUUUGCGUUCCCAUCAGCCAGAUGCCGAACGUCACGGACCCCACGGUGGGAUCUGGUCCCUGGCAGGACAUGUUGACCCGAAGCUUUGCAACAGGGAGCGUCGCGCUGCAGCGCCCUUCUGGUGUACAGGACCACCUCCUGCUAAAGCAGAAGGUCAUCCGGUGCAAAGCCUUGCUGCGAUGCGCGCAGGUGCUGCUGGUUGCGGAGCAUCCCAGGAAGUUCCAUUGCAGUGUGGUGGACACUGGACAGGACGACGUGGACAACUGUGCCUCCCAGAGAGAGGGCCCAGAGACUGCCGUGAACUCCGUGGAGGAUUCCCAGGCGUCCAGCUACAAGAAGGUCACCACAGUGGCCGCAAGGGCCCUCCAAACCGUGGCAAACCUGUUGGGAGAGCUUGGUGAAAACUGCCCUUCGGAGCUCUUCGUGGCCCUCUUUGCACUGCGGGGUUACAUCUGCGAGCAGGAGGGCGAUGUAGAUGCCUGCUACUUGCACUACCUACAGUCGUUGGCCGCCCUGGACGAUGCGUGGGGAGAUCCGAGGAAGCCUGGAAGCCACGGCCAUCCCUUCGCGCUCUUCUUGCUCUGGAAGCUCGGGCUCAUCUCCUAUGGCAGGAAAGAUCUCCUGAGCAUCUCAAAGUUUGGCGACUAUUUCCGGGCACUCCUCCUGUUCUAUGGAGAUGACAGCCCAUUUUCCUGGGGUCCUUCGGGCCUUGCGGAGGAACAUCGGCAACUGCUGGAUUCGGAGAAGGGCUGUCUCGAAGCUUUGCACCGGAGUGAGGCUAAGCUCGGCAAGCGCUUGGAGAGUUGGUGGCAUCGGCAUGAUAUCUUGGACUUCGGCGACGAGGGCUUUCCUCCGUCUCUGCAGCUCUCUUUCUUGCAGGUGCAGGCGAAAGAGCGGGACGCACAGCGGGACAGCAACAGCGGCAUUGCUGGAGAUCGGCAGGUCAUUUUUGCGGCAUACAUGGUUUGA